GCUCCGAUACCGUAUCUCCAUCGAAAACGAGAAAAAUGACCCCCAACUGAUUCCAAAACCCUAAUUCAAGGAAAACCCUAGGAUCGAUGAUGAUGAGCCACCCCUCAAAGCUCUCACUGAUCCCGUUCUUUCUCUCUCUCAUAUUCGUGAUUCUGUUCUACCUCAAUACGCGAUCGCAGAGGCCGAUCACGGCUCUCGACUCUAGUGAUAUUGAUCAGCGGAGGAAGGCGGUCCUCAGUCGAUCGAGGAUUGCGGUUUGCCUAGUAGGCGGAGCUCGGAGGUUCGAGCUAACUGGGCCUUCGAUCAUCAAGAAUAUUUUGAGGGAGUAUCCAAAUGCUGAUCUUUUCUUGAACAGUUGGCUUGAUGAAAACUCGUAUAAGUUUGUGACAUUGGAGAAAGCUCCUCGGAUCGCCGCGGUUUGGAUCUCAGUGCCGAAGAAGGUGAAGGAGACGGCCGAGGAGAGUAGAGUUCUGACGUCGAAUAAUUCGCCCAAAGGACUUCAGGUGGCGGUAUCUCCCUUUCAUUCCGCUUUAGGUUAUUUGAAAGGGACUCUUGCAGUACUUCACUCUGGUUGAAGGUUGCCUCGACCAAAUCCGCAUUCACGAGUCCCGCACCAAC